CAGUUGCCAGCCUGGCUUCAAGCUCCAGAGAAGGGCUGAGUCAUCAGCAGCAGAGCCUGAGGGCUGAGGCCCAGCAUGAAUAUGCCCACCAAUGGGGACUCCUCUCAGUUGCCCCUGGCCCUGGGGUUUGUGUGAGGUGUCAUUGUCACUGGAGGAUGUGAUAGUAGACUUCAGCAGGGAGGAAUGGCAGCACUUGGACCUUGCUAAGAGACACCUGUACUGGGAUGUGACACUGGAAAACUACUGCCAUCUGCUCUCUGUGGGGUACCAAGUUCCCAAAGCAGAAACCAUCUUCACAAUGAAGCAAGAAGAGGGCCAUGGUAUUGGAGGGGAAGCCCCACAUGACAGCUAUUUAUAUGAAGAUAUUGGGAAAAGUCGACCACAGGGAAUUUCUGGAGAAGUUUCAUUCCACUGUAAGAGAUUUGAUAGACCCAUAGGCAAAGAUUCAUUGUGUUCCAUCUUAGAACCAUGGCAAGAGAAAGACCAGCUACAGAGAUAUCAGGAAAACCAGAUUAACCCAUUAAAUCAUAUUGUAGUAUUAAUUAAGGAGAGGGGCUAUGAAUGUCAGAACAUUGAAAAAAUAAUUCAUUUGACUACCAAGCUUGUCCCUUCAAUUAAAAGACUCUGUAACUGUGACACAUUUGUGAAGAGUCUGAAGCAUACUUUAAACUCACAUAAUCAUAAUAGAAGCACUACAACGAAAAACCAUGAUAAAAUUUUUGGAGAUGGUAACAUUUGGUCUUCCUCUAGAAAGAAGGAGCAUACCAACACAGCAGCGAGUUCCUGUGAAUGCAGUCAAUGUGAAAAAUGCCUCAGUCACAAAGCUCCCAUCCACUGGCAGCAAAGUUAUCCUGGGGAGAAACUUCAUGUAUGUACUGGAUUUGGAAAGGAUUUUACCCAGAAGCCACAUCUCUUUAAACAUGAAAAAAUUCAUGCUGGAGAAAAAUCCUGUGAAUGCAACAAAAGUGAGCGAGUGUGUGAUCUGAAGGCACAGAUUGAGCCACAUCAGGGUGUUCACAGAGGUGAGAAGCCCUACGUAUGUCCUCAAUGUGGGAAGUCCUUUACCCUCAAGUCUAGCCUCAUUACUCAUCAGAAAAUCCAUACCGGACAGAAACCCUACAAAUGCAGCCAGUGUGGCAAAGCCUUUUUCCAAAAAUCAGAUCUCUUCAGACAUCUGAGGAUUCAUACAGGAGAAAAGCCUUAUCAAUGUAGUGAAUGUGGAAAAGGCUUCUCUCAGAAUUCAGACCUCAGUAUACAUCAGAAAACUCACACUGGAGAGAAGCACUAUGCAUGUGGGGAAUGUGGGAAAGCAUUUACAAGAAAGUCAGCUCUCUGGAUGCAUCAGCAGAUCCACACGGGAGAGAAACCUAAUGUGUGCACUGAAUGCGGAAAGGCCUUCAUCCAGAAAUCACACUUCAACACACAUCAGCGAAUUCACACUGAUGAAAAACCUUAUGAAUGCAGUGACUGUGGGAAAUCAUUCACCAAAAAUUCACAACUCUAUGUGCAUCAGAGAAUUCACACAGGAGAGAAGCCUUAUAUAUGUACAGAGUGUGGAAAGGACUUUACUCAUCAGACAAGCCUGGCUACACAUCAGAAAACUCACACUGGAGAAAAACCCUACAUGUGUGCAGAAUGUGGGAAGGCUUUUACUGAUCAAUCUAAUCUCAUCAAACACCAGAAAAUUCAUACUGGAGAGAAACCCUAUAAAUGCAAUGGCUGUGGAAAAGCGUUCAUAUGGAAGUCACAUCUCAAAAUCCAUCAGAAAUCUCAUACCGGAGAGAGACACUAUGAAUGCAGGGAAUGUGGGAAAGUGUUUAUCCAGAAAUCAGCACAAAGUGUGCAUCAGAGGAUCCACACAGGAGAGAAACCCUAUGUCUGUCCUGACUGUGGGAAGGCCUUCAUCCAGAAAUCGCACUUUAUUGCACAUCACAGGAUUCAUACUGGGGAGAAGACAUAUGAAUGCAGCGACCGUGGAAAAUGCUUCACUAAGAAGUCACAGCUCCAUGUGCAUCAGAAAAUUCACACAGGUGAGAAACCCAAGUGUGCUGAAUGCGGAAAGGCUUUCACUGACCGAUCCAAUCUUAUAACACACCAGAAAAUCCAUACUAGGGAGAAACCCUAUGCAUGCAGUGACUGUGGUAAAACCUUCACCUGGAAGUCACGCCUCACUUUACAUCAGAAGUCCCACACUGGAGAGAGACACUAUGAAUGCAGGAAAUAUGGGAAAGCGUUCAUUCAGAAAAUGACAAUCAGUAUGCAUCAGAUAAUUCAUACAGGAAGGAAGCUGCACACUUGUGCCGAAUGUCAAAGGGCCUUCACCAACAGGUCAAAUCUCAUUAAACAUCAGAAGAUACACAGUGGAGAAAAAUGAUGUAAUAAAGCUGGUGACUGAAAUCCCCAUCACAUGGAACUUCUAGCUGAGUGUGCAUGAGAUAGGCCUGAGUGAGACAAGCAAUGCCACCACUGCUGGCACUGGAGGCAAGGGUGGGGGCAGGUAUGAAAGGCUGUGGCUGGAGUGAGCAGAAGGCGAACAAAACCAAAUGUCCUUCCACUGACUAGAAAAAUAAGUUCCAGGAUCAUCACUGUUGACAUACAGUUAAUUGCAGAAUGACCUUCAAAUGAAGCACUUGAAUAAAUAGCAAUACUCAUGUUUGGCCACAUGGUUGAUACGGGGGCUCUCAUGCUUCUUCAAAUGGUAAAAAUAAAGACCCGAGGAACUAACUUACCAUCUCUUUUGUUUCACUUUUCAGAAAGAGGACUUAUAAAUUCAGCACUGAUUAGUUCUUUGUACCUCGGUCCAUAAAAGUACUCAACAUUGGUCAAAAUUGUUUCACACUCUUCUGGUGAGGCAAAGAGUUUGCAUUGUUCAAGCACUUUGCAGGGCCCUGAAGUCAAGGCCAAAUAUAUUUAGAAAUGCAGAUCUGUGAGUAGAACUGGAAGUUUUCAGUGAUUGUUAAUAUUUAAGAAAAGAUUUCCGUGAAGAAUUACUCUUGCUGUUCCCAUGGGAAGUCUCCAAGUAUAUUUUUUUAAAGGUGAAAAACAAUUUUGAAACUUAAAGUUUGACUUUGAGAAUUGGAAGUUAGGCAUGGCUCUAGCCUGUCACAGGAAUGGAGCUGUGAAAGGAUACAGACAUUUACAGGUGGCAGAAGGUGAUUCACAUGCUGCAUGCCUCCUAACCUGUGCUCCUAAUGCUAUCAUUUUUGUAAGCCUCAGACCACAUGCUUUGAUUCCCUGAGUGACUGACAUGAAGACAAUAAAAGUGAGUGAUGGCAUUCCGACCUUUCAGUCUUGUCUACUGACGCCACUGCUUUCCUCAAAAUUCCUGUUUGAAAAAGAAUGGUUGAGAGACUGUGUUUCCAUAUAUAAAAUGUUGUUUUUCUUCCAUUUUGGUUAGGGUAUUCAUUUUCUACAUGCACAUUAGCAUUAGUAACACUUCUCUAAAAAGAGCACUGCUGUUUUAAAAGAGACACUGGCUCAUUUUCCCUUAAAUAUUUUUCAUGGCCUCAUAAGAAAAAGGCUUUCUACAUGCAAUUUUAUUGUACUUUUAAACAUUUUUAUAAAGUAUAAUGCAUACAGAAAGUGAAUAUAUCAUAAGCCUGAAGCUCAAUGCAUCCUAAGGAAAUGAACUUAUUCAAAGAAAGAAACAGAACAUGACCAGGCCCCAGAAGCCCUCCCUAUACUCCUUCCCAGAAGUCCCCCAAACACACACACACCAAGGGUAAACAAUAUCCUGACUUUAAUAGUAUGUGCUCACUUGACUUGUUUUAUAUUUUAUACAUACUUUUACAUAUAUAUACUCUUUAGUAUCUUUUGUCAUUUAUGUUAUGAAUAUGAUUCACCAAUUUGGUAGUACAUAGUCAAUGAUAACUCCAUUUUCAUGUCAUGUUGUAUUUCAUUGUAUGAAUAUGUUGCAAAAUACCCAUUUUUCUCUUGAUAUACCUUUGUGCUGUUUGCAACUUGGGGCUAUUAAAAACAGUGUUGCUAUUUACUGGUGAACAUAUAUAUAUAUGAAUUUCAGUUAAGUAUAUACUUAGGAGUUGAAGUACACAGUCAUAGUAUAUCCAUAUUUUGAAUUUUUAAAAAUGGUUUUCCAUUGUGUCUGUAUCAGUGUGCAGCCCCACCAACACAGUGUGAGUUCUAGGUGCUCCAUAUCCUUGCCAACACUUAGUAUAUUUUUAGCUUUUAUUACUGUAGCCAUUGUGAUGGGUAUAUAGUGAUAUCGUGGUUUGACUUUUCAUUUCCUUGUGUUUGAAACCAUUGUGGUAUCUUCCCAGGAGAGACAGACCAGUCAUGUUGUUGCAGAAGUUAAGAGACAGGAGAAAUUACAAGUGAAACGGGAGGAUUUUAUUCCAGGAUUUUAGGUGCACACCAGCCCAUCAAACUCAUGUCCAAAGGCCAAGCCUCAAACAAAGGAAAAGCUCUAGUUUUUAUACAUUUGGUCGGAGGGGGUUGGCCUACCUAGUGGCACAUAACGUGGGAGUGAGCAAGCAGAAUAAAGGCAGUUUGUCAAGCUGUGAUGCUUUUGCAACUUGACAUAUCCCAGCGGCCUUGGUUAGGUAAAAGCAGGAUGUUAUGAGAACAGGAGGUUAUAAAACUUUACUUAUCGGGACAGAGUUGCUGAUUUUAUCUGUAUUAGAACAGAGUACAACAGCCGUAUUGCUAAGGUUGGGGAAACUUGUUUUUCCUCUUUGUAAAGUCCUGCUUUAAUGUCAGAUCUGAGACUUACCAGUAGGUAUAUUCCUCAGAUGGCUACAGCAUUUUACAUUCCCAUCAUGAUUUAUAGGGGUUCCAAUUUCUCCAGAUCCCCACCAACUCUUUGUUUUGAUCAGUCUUUUUCUCCCCAUGGUGCAAGGAAUGGAACCUGCAUAUGCUAAGCCAAUAGUCUACCCCUGAGCUGCACCCCAGCCUAUAGCCGUCUUUCUUAGUGAAGCUGUUCUACAUACAAAUUGAUAACACAAUUAAUUUACAUUACUCUAAUGAGUAAUGAUGUUGACCAUCUUUUUGAGCAUCUGGUGAAGUUUGUGUUCAAACGUUUGCCUUUUAUACUUUUUUGUAUUUCUUAAAAUUCAACCCAGGGGCCUUCUACCACUGAACUAUAUUCC